GUGGGGUAGAGAGCAUCAGAGUCUUCAACUUAUUUGGGUGACUUAAUUGUGUUGGAUUUCAGUAUUUAUCAAUGGGACAUUUUAAGAAUCCUCUAAUGAUUAGAAUUUCUAUGACAGGUCUACCGGUUUUGUUUUGUUGUUUUUGUUGUUGUUGUUAUGAAAGGAAUACUUUCCUCUUUUGAAAAAAGGUUCUUCUAGGAAGUUCUCUCUAGGGUUCUUUUUCUUUUUUAAUUCUCUUUUCAUUCUUUGGGGAAUACAGGAGGGGCUUUAAAAAUGUUUUUAAUAGGCUAGCACACUAGCGUUCAGUAAAACCAUUUAAGCUAUAAAAGUUCACAUUGUAUUGGUUGUGUUUUCUAACAAUUCAGAAUGAAACAGUUUAUGGAACAAUUUACAUACUAUCACACAACUAACUGUUUUGUAUUAGUUCAUUUCAGUGUCAAGACUAGGACGUGUAAUUAGGAAUGGCUGUUGAGGAACUUCAGUGCAUAAUAAAAAGAUGUCAAAUCCUAGAGGAGAGUGAUUUUAAAGAAGAGGAUUUUGGCCUCUUCCAGCUAGCAGGCCAGAGAUGCAUCGAAGACGGGCAUGUAGACCAGCUGCUGGAAAUUGUUCAAGAUGAAAAGAACAAGACCAUCAUUAAGUCUAUGGGCUGGAAUCUGGUUGGUCCUGUUGUCCGAUGCCUCCUGAGGAAUGGUGAAGAAGAUAAAAGAGGAGAUUGUCUUCUGAUGUUUGAUUUGCUGCUGAAGUUAUGUAAUCCAAAGGAAUUGUUGUUGGGUUUGCUUGAACUCAUUGAAGAACCCUCUGGAAAACAGAUAUCCCAAAUUAUUCUUCUUUUACUUCAACCAUUACAGACAGUUAUUCAGAAACUCCCUAGCAACAAGGCAUAUUCAGUUGGACUAGCACUGUCCACCCUUUGGAGUCAACUGUCUCUUCUUCCUGUCCCAUACUCAGAAGAAUACACACAGAUAGACGAUUAUGGCCUUUGUCAAUGUUGCAAGGCCUUAAUAGAGUUCACAAGACCUUUUGUGGAAGAAGUAGUUGAUAACAAAGAAAACAAGGAAAAUGAAAAGUUAAAAGAUGAGCUACUGAAGUUUUGUUUCAAAAGCUUGAAAUGCCCCUUGCUGACAGCACAAUUCCUUGAACAGUCUGAAGACGGUGGAAAUGACCCUUUUCGGGGUUUUGCAUGUGAAAUAAUAGGAUUUUUAUCACAAAUAGGACAUCCUGUCCCCAAAAUUAUUCUUAAUCAUGGAAGGAAAAAAAGGACUUGGGAUUACCUUGAACUUGAGGAAGAAGAAGACAGACAGCUGGCAGACGCCAUGGCUUCUCUGACGUAUCUGGUGUUUGUUCAGGGCAUUGGCAUUGAUCAGCUUCCAGUGGUCUUAAGCCCAUCAUACCUUUUGCAGCUGAACAUGGAACAUAUUGAACUGUUUCUGCAAAGAACAGAACAGUCUAUUUUCUCUAAAGGAUUGGAACUUCUGGAGAAAAGCUUAUUGAGAUUAGAAGACAACAGCCUCCUUUAUCAGUACUUAGAGAUCAAGAGUUUUCUUUCUGUGCCUCAGGGCUUAGUCAAAGUAAUGACACUUUGCCCCAUUGAGACAUUGAGGAAAAAGGGGUUAGCCAUGCUUCAGCUGUAUAUCGACAAGUUGGAUUCACAAGGCAAAUACACAUUAUUUAGGUGCUUAUUAAAUACAAGUAAUCACUCAGGUGUGGAAGGAUUUAUAAUUCAAAAUAUCAAAAAUCAGAUUGAUGCGUCAUUUAAGAAAACAUGUAACAAAUGGUUUGCGGGACCACAGCUGAUUUCCCUGUUGGACUUGGUACUGUUUCUCCCUGAGGGUGCCGAAACAGAUUUACUGCAGAACUCAGAUAGGAUUAUGGCUUCACUGAAUUUAUUGAGGUAUUUGGUUAUCAAAGAUAAUGAAAAUGACAAUCAAACUGGAUUAUGGACAGAACUUGGAAAGAUUGAAAAUAAUUUUUUAAAGCCACUUCAUGUAGGACUUAAUAUGUCAAAAGCACAUUAUGAAGCAGAAAUUAAAAACAGCCAACAAAAUAGCCAAGUAGCCUCAACGUGUAAAGGUGUUUGUUCUGUGACUGUAGGAGGAGAAGAAAUCCCUACUAUGCCUCCUGAAAUGCAACUUAAGGUCCUACAUUCAGCUCUCUUCACAUUUGACUUGAUUGAAAGUGUUCUGGCUCGAGUAGAAGAACUCAUCGAAAUCAAAACAAAGUCUACCUCUGAAGAAAACGUUGGAAUAAUGUAAAGUUGUUUCAUAAAUAAAACCCAACAAGAUGGUGUUUUCCAGUAUAUUUUAGACUGUCAUAGAAAUUAUUUGCAGAAUUAUUGCUAAAGCAACACAGCUUUUGGAAGUGGGGGCGCCUGGAGAGAUACUCACUGGAUAAGAGCACUGGCUGCUCUCAGAGGAGCUGGGUAGAGUUCUCGGCCCCACAUGGAGGCUCACAGCUGCCUCUAACCCCAGAUGCAGAGGAUGUGAUCCUCAUGGUCACCAGGCACCCAUGGAUACAGAUACACACAUGCAGGCAAAUAUCCAUACACAUAGAUCCAAUACAAACUAAUUUGUUUUAUGACAUCAAAAAAUGUUGUCAAAAUGCUCUAUUGUGAAUUUAUUAAAAACAAAACAAAAACUU